UUUCUGCAGCACUCAUCAAAACUCUGCGGCAUGAAGAUAAGCGCUGGGGGGGAGGGCACACACUCGGACCGGGCUACCCUCUUACUUUGAGUCUUCCCUUCUCCAUCCUUAGAUAGGUUUCUCUUUUCUUUUUGACCAGUUCACACUUAUUUUAGGCUCUCCAACCCCCAAUUGGGAAAAAAAGAAUCCCACUUUCCUCAUUGGCUAAUUGGAUUCCCAUUGCAUCAGGGUGCGUUUAUUAUAGGGGAGUGAGAUCUCAUCUAGGAAAAUGGCAAAGGAUGGAGAAAAAGGCGAGUGGAGUGAGUAUAUAUGGAACCCGAGGACGAGGGAGUUUCUGGGCAGGACAGCCAGCAGCUGGGGUCUCAUCCUUCUCUUCUAUGUAGUUUUCUACAUCUUCCUGGCCGGCCUAUUUGCGCUCACCAUGUACGUCAUGCUGCAGACUUUGGAUGACCACAAGCCAACCUGGCAGGACCGGCUCACUACGCCAGGGAUGGUGAUUAGACCCAAAGCCGAUGAGACUUUUGAGAUUAUCUAUAACAUCCAGAAAACCGAAAGCUGGGAUCUGUACGCUCAAGCCCUGGACAAGUUCCUGGAACCCUACAACAGCAGCAUCCAGGACCAGAAAAACGACGAAUGCAUACCAGACCAGUACUUCCUGCAGGAGGACAGCGUCGAUGUAAAGAACAACCCCAAGCGUUCCUGUCAAUUCAAACGUAACGUUCUGCAGGACUGCUCAGGACUCAAUGACCGUUACUACGGAUACCAGGACGGCAAGCCGUGCAUCAUUAUCAAGAUGAAUCGGGUGAUUGGAAUGUUGCCAGGAAAGGAUGGACAGGCUCCCUUCAUCACCUGUGGUGCAAAGAGGUACAAAGUUGGAAAAAAUGAAUGGAGAGAAGACACUGACAAAAUUGGAGAAAUGGUUUACUUUCCUGCCAAUGGCACCUUCAACCUUAUGUACUACCCUUACUAUGGCAAGAAAGCUCAGGUGAACUAUUCCCAGCCUUUGGUUGCCGUCAAGUUCCUUAACAUCACCGUCAAUGAAGACGUCAACAUCGAGUGCAAGAUCAACGCCAACAACAUUCCCGCCGGAAGCGAAAGAGACAAGUUUGCCGGUCGAGUGUCUUUCAAGCUGAGGAUCAACACCAUUAACUAGGUUUCAAAGCCUUUUUCCUCCUCUGAAAACUUCAUGUUGUGCAACAUUGCACAUGCACAGAAAAGAAUUGCAGCAUUUCCACCCUUUGUGAGUUUUGUUUACAACCCGCUCCCGCAAAAAAAUGAUGGGGUGCACAUGGUUUGUCCAGAUGUGUGAUCAGCAAAUGCAAGAAUAAAGGGUGGUAAUCCUGUAAUUAUUUCUGUCUGUGAGCUUGGAGACAAAUUUCUUUCUGUAAAUUCAUUUGAGGUGACGUCUAUUUAUACUGCAUGACAAACGAAAAGGGGAUGUAACGCGUCUUUUUAAAAGUUUGCAAGGACCAGUAAGACCACGGUAUUGCUGCUCCUAAUUUGCUGCCUCAAUAUAGAGCAUUCCUCUAUACAUAAUACACACCAAUACAAAAUGUGCAAUCUACAGUUUUUAUUUCUAAUAUAUCAUAAACCUUUGCUGAACUAGGGAUGGGUAUAUGACUAAAUUGACCAUAAGGAAUUAAGCGAUGAAUCAUUCUAUAACUUUUGAAGUAUUAUUCUAUUAUAGAGUUCUGGUUGAAGAUAAUUAGUGCGCUCUAUUUGCGGCUCCAAAGAUUUCUUAACAAUCAUUAUGCCCAUCCCUAAACUUAACUUGUUGCACUCAAAAUGAUAAUCCGACCAUAUAUAUAUCUUGACGGAUGGAUGCUGAGAUGAAGCCAUUUUGCAUGUGUGUAUUGUCUUUUGCGCUAUGAGGGUAGGAGGCCCAUAUGUCCCCACUCUUUGCUCCUUACGGGAAAAAAAAGACAAAAAGUUCUGUGAAACCGCUGACCACCAGGAGGGACCGCCGUGUAAGCGACCAAUUGGAAUCGCAGUUUUAAGACAAAUUGGCAUGACGUGAUGCGGGAGAGUUUCAAACCUUUAAGUGUGCAUUUGUGGCUUCAGUGUUUGCGUGUACGUUCAGUUUGUUGGCGCAUUUCAUACCAUGGGUCGGGAAAUUGCAUGCACUGUGCAAUAGUCAAUAAAUCCGUAUAUGCUAUGAAUGAUUGAUCCCAUUAUUUAGAGCAGAGCAAUUCUGCAUCCACUAGGCGGUUGGAUGUGAUGAGCGCAUCGCUCACUUCCAAUUAUCCCACGAGGUCUUCCUUGCAUUGUUUCGCUUUCGCCAGUUUCGGAAAGACUAACCCUGUCUCCAGUUCGCAUUUUUUUCAUUGUGUGGGAUUACUUGAAAAUGGGGGACUUUAUGAAAUUUGUUCUCUAGUGUUCAGAUUUAGCUCAAACAAUCAACUGUAUAGUAAAGGUCACUUUAGUAUACAUCCUGACACGCCCUGACAUAUUUUUUAAAGUAGAUGUUGAUAGUUAUAGCUAUAUUGACAUUUAGAAGUCUUGAAGCUUUUGUUUGAUUGAUUUUGUAUUGAUUUGCAUUGGUGUGCUUUGGUUUUUGGGGUGACACUGACUUGAAUUCGUCUAUACAUUUUGAAAAGAGCGUUUCUAACAGAGACAUCUGUGUUGUUUUUCUUAAAAUCAUCGUAAAACAUUCUCUUGACAAGUGUCUAGGUUUUUUUUUUUUUUUAUAUGAGACUUGGCGGAGAUAUGUUUGAAAGGUCUAAAGUAAACCAAGUGGAAAUUUACAACUUCUUAGCCCAAAUUUGAACUGGUGGGCUACUGCAGCCGAGGGUUUGAUGGUGCUAAAUAAUCCUAAAUCCAAGUGUCUCAGUGUCCUCUAACUACCGACUAAUAUAAUCAAGCCAUUUGACUUCAAUCCAGACAUAAUGUCGAGUCUAUUUUUUUUUUUUUUAAACUGAUAUUUCCAACUCACACACGCACAUUUUUGCUGUUGCUGAAACGCUUAAUUUCCCUCUAAUCUCUUAAUCUGGUGGGCUAAUCCAACAGCAUGCUUGCUCAAUUUCUUUGCCCUAUAUCGUUUGUCCUCAACCUGGCCUUUAAAAUUAAAAUUAAAACACGGACAAUUAAUUUAUUCAACCUGAAAUUGGAUUUAUUUGAUUUGAGAGCCAUUAAAUUAUUCAACACUAACUAAAACUUUAUUUCUUUUGCCAUCUGCAUGAGAAGAUGAGUUCUUCAACCAAAGACCCUCAUCCCACUUUCAGUUUUUCCUUAGCAACAACAUGUUGGAGAGUAAAGAUCAGAUCAAAGAUGUGCUGCAGAGAUACUUAAGGAUUCGUGCGAGUGCACAAAGCAGCUGCGUUAUAAAAAGACCUCCUCUUACAUAACAAUCAUACGCACAAUAGUGUUUCACAAAGACGUAACAGUGCCUCCUGGUGGACAGAACGUGUUGUUGCCAGUGUCCUGGUUACUCGCCUCUCAUCUCCGUUUAUCCAUUUCCUCUGUGAUAAUUUGGAGAUGUCCUCAGAAAGCAAUAUAUCUCUUUCUUGUGUGGCCAUGCGAUUUAUACAUGGAAAAGGGAUUAAACAAAACGCGAGCGAGAACAAGAUGUCAAGAGGCAACAAUCGAGAAAGUAUGUAUAAACGUAUUGUUUGUGACAGACUAUUUUUAUUGCAGUUUUGUUGUAAUGUUUAGAGAAUGUAUCAGCUCGGAUUGUAUUAUGUUACUUGAGACAUAUUUAAGGUUUUCACCUGUUAUUAAUUGAAUGGUUUGGUUUGACAAGGUUGUUGGUGUUUUUUUUAUAUAUAUUUUUUUGCGUGUGUGUGCGUGUGAUAUUUCCAGUCUUGCCCCAUUAAAGGGUGCGACCUUUUCUGGACAAAAACACACCGUGUUCCAGCCAAAAAUUAUUGGUAAAAGUAUGCUAAAUGUUUUUUUUUUU